AUGUCCGAGGGCGCCGCGCGGGGGCUGAAGGCGCUCGCGGGCUGCACGGGGCGCCGCGGGGGGCCCGGCUCCUACCGCGUGGGACUGGAGUGGCGGCCCAGGGCAGCAUUUCUUUCUUUGACAAGACGAGACUUGACAUUUAUUACUCAAGGCAGAGAUGAUGCCGUCCCAGGACCAGGAUACUACAAUAUUGCCAGAACACAGGAUACUAUAAAAGGUGGCAAGAGUCUACAAAAUAAAGAGAAGCGCUUCAAAGAGAUCAGCACAGUUACUCCAGGCCCUGGCAGCUACAACCAUGCUCCUACAAUGGAGUUGGCUACAAACAGCAAAAAGCAGCAAGAUUCUCAAGAGCAGAGUCAGCUGGUGGAUGUUCCCUCUAUUCCCUCUCCAUGUCAGGCAUUUGGAUAUGAGGAAGCUGAGGAUGGCACUCUUAAAAAACAAGACCCACCUCAGAGAGACCUGACAUUAGGCCCAGCUUAUUAUCGGCCACUGUUUGAUGCAAGCUAUUCUACCCUGAAGUAUAAAGGAAUACAUUUUGGUAAUUUAACUGGAAAACGCUACGAAUUUAAACCUCAAGAAGGGCCAGGACCUGGACAAUAUGACUUAACUCAGGAAGUAGCACUGUGUAAUGAAAAUGUUAACAUCAAAAAGGAAGAAAAGAAAAGAAAUGUCCUCUUUAUCCCACGGUAUCAUGAAGCGAUAGAAUUAGAGGAGGAAAAGAAGAGAUUUCUACCUGUGAGAUCAAUUACACCAGCUCCUGGCACCUAUAAUGAAACACACAUGGCUCUUGAGUCCUUGAAUAGAACAUCGGGAGUGAAAAAGAUCCCGUUUGGUCAAAGUGCUGUUCGGUGUACUCAAGACUUCAGGGUAGAAAAAACACCAGGCCCUGCAUUUUAUAACAUUCUGAACCAUAGUAUUGAAAAUGAAAGUAUAAAAAGCAUGUAUUUGGCCUAUAUAAAAAGAGCUGCUUUUGGAUCUUCAGCUCCUCGAUGUCUGCGCCUUCAUGAAGAGGAAGAAUUUUGUACUCCUGGCCCUGCUGAUUAUCAGUUCCCUUCCACCCCAGAUUCCAGGGUGCUGCAGUCACGAGGUCUGAAAGCUGUCUGCAGGCUGGACAUGGCUGAACAGAGGUUCCUGCAGGUUUUGGGGCUGAGGGAACUGACAAAGAAAGGAGCUGUUGGUCGCGACGAGCCUCGGAGAGCCCAUGCGCUGGGACUGCUCUCGGCUCUGCUCUGUUGCGAGAAGCCCACAACCCUGAGCGGGAACCAGCGAGGGGUCGCAGGAGUAGCGCAGGGCUGCAGUGAUGUGUGCAGGAGGAGCAGGAGAGGAGCUGUUUCCUCAUCACCUCCUGUUUGCUCAUUAUCCAGAGCAAAGAAACUUGCAUGGAGUUCUGAGAUGCUGGCCACAGCAGGUCCUGUGGGCAGCGAAUGCCAACGCUGCCAACACAGGGUCAAUAAAAGUACUGAAAAACCACACAAACCCCAGAAAUCUUUACCUUGCAUCUUAACAAGAGAAAAAAGACCCACAGUUGCUAUGGAAGUUCCACCACCAGGAUAUUAUGAGGUCCAAAAAUCCUAUGAGAAAACACAUGGGAAAAGCUGCUAUAUGUCUCCCCGAACAGCACUGGCUAAAAAAAAGCAAGGCUCCUUUCUUAGUUCAGCACCUAGAUACAGCUUAUUUGUGGCUGACAGGGAUAUACCAGGUCCUGGAACAUACAAUCCUGUGAUGAGUUCAACUUCCCACAUUUCUGCAUAUAUUUCCAAGCUGGAGCGCUUUAAGGAACCGAAAGAGAACACUCCUGGCCCUGGAGCAUAUCAGUGCAAGGCUUUGACAAGUUUGCAAGACCUCAGGAACCUCACUGUUACACAAGGAAAAGGUACAAAUGAAGAAUCUGUCAAGUCAUAUAAUGUGUAUGCAUGUUCGAAGCUGAUGCUUGCAAAGGAAAAAGGAGAAAGAUAA